GUCCUGUGGCUGAAAUGAUGAUGAUGUUCGCUUUCAGAAGCCGGCAUGCGUGCUCGCAGCAAGUGGGUGGUGCUGUGGGCGCUGUGGGCGGCGCGGCUGGUGCGGCAGCCGACGCCGCCGGUGCGCGUGAGCGGCGGCUGGCUGCGCGGCUCCGUCUCUCCUGACGGCUCGCACGCGCGUUAUCUCGCCAUUCCCUACGCCACUGUACAACAACGAUUUCAGGCACCUGGCCCUGAACCAAAAUGGAAUGGAAUAUUUGAAGCGAUCGACGACCACAUACGCUGCACACAAUCAUGGUCUCUUGGGUCAAACUUUACUUCUGGCCAAGAAGACUGUUUGAUACUCAACGUUUACACACCUCUUAAUGUGGAUGUGGAGAAACCAUUACCGGUGAUGGUGUUUAUUCAUGGAGGAGCAUAUCUUCGACGGUCGUCGUCACGUUUCAUGUAUGGUCCAGACUACUUUAUUAACAAAGGAGUCGUGCUAGUCACUUUGAAUUAUAGAUUAGGUGUUCUUGGAUUCUUGUGCUUGGGUAUCAAAGAAGCCCCAGGAAACGUGGGCAUGAAAGACCAAGUUGCAGCGUUGAAGUGGGUACAAAGGAACAUCAGGGCGUUCGGCGGUGACCCUGAUAAUGUAACCAUUUUUGGCGAGAGUGCUGGAGGAGCUUCUGUCACUUUGCACGUCCUUUCGCCAAUGUCCAAGGGCCUCUUUCAUAAGGCUAUCGUGCAAAGUGGCUCCUCUCUUUCAGAGUGGUCGUUCCAGUACGAGCAUGUACGCAUGGCAAGCUUAUUUGCCAAAGAAAUGGGCCUUGAUAGCAAAGAUCCCUAUGAAAUAUUCAAGUUUUUUACAAACAAAACACUUUCUGAAUUGGUUGUGACAAUGGUGCCAAGAAUGGAAGGUACAUUAAGAGUCAUAUCGGCAAUCAUAUUCUCGCCAUGCGCUGAACAAAUCAUAGAAGGAGUAGAACCGUUUUUAACAGAUUUGCCUUACAAUAUAUUAAUUGAAGGAAAAUACAACAAGGUGCCAAUGAUGGUAGGAAGUAACACGGAGGAAGGUCUUUUAUUUGCAGGCUCAGAUGAUUCUGAAAUGCUUAAAAAGGUUGACUUCGAAAAGGCGCUUCCAAAAGACCUAUCUUUCCCAUCAAAAGAGGUGCGGGAAGCUAUAGUCACAAAGUUGAAAAAAAUAUAUGGGGGGAAAAAUUAUGUAUCAACAGAUUCAUUAAUGUAUCAAAUAUCCAAAUAUUAUGGAGAACCAUUUUUCAACUACCCUUUAAUUGAAGAAACAAAUGUGAUAAUGCAAACAAGCAGCAGGCCAAUAUGGCACUAUUUAUUUGGUUAUGACGGUAGAAGAAACAUAGCAAAACUGAGUGCUGGUUUGCAAAGAAUGACUGGGGCAACGCAUGGUGAUGAGUUAUUUUAUUUAUUCAGUCAAGAAAUUGUUCCUAAUUUGUUUGAAACAAACAUGAUAGAGAAAAUGACUGCAAUGUGGACAAAUUUCGCAAAAUAUGGAGAUCCAACACCAGUAACCAGCGAGCUUCUACCAGUGAAGUGGCCACCAGUGACUCUGAUGGAUCAGCGUGCCCUUUACAUAGACCGUGAUAUGAAAACCAUUCCUCUGUGGCGUGCAGAAUCAUUUGUGUUCUGGAGAGAACUUUAUGCAAAAUAUCGGAGAAAGUUACCUACACGAAAAUAAAUCUUAUUUAUUAUCCACGUGCGUGUGCUAACACGACCGACUAUUUUCAAAAGUACACCUAAGUACCUACACUCGGCGUCAAAGAAAUCGCGAGAGUAACUUUAAGCCUUUAACGCCCGUU